GAGAAUGGAACACUUCACAACCUUCUCUUAACGUUGUGACCCUGCCCCUACGACGGUAGAAGCUAUUUCGUUCAGUUGCACGUAACGUAGUAGACAAAACGCUGCGUUUUAAGAGUUAGGCCUCAAACGCUGCGUUUUAGUAAUAACGCUUACAAAAAAAAAGGCGUCCCGAGAACGAUGCUGGCAGUGAAGGGGUUUAGAGAUUCCGGUGAGAGAAAACAGUGGCGGGAGAAAAUGAUAGUUUCUCGCCUUCAUCUCUUGAUCGAUCGCUGUGUCCGCCGCCGCCACGCUGAAGGAGAAGUAAAUUUGCCGGCGGAGGCAAUGGAGAAGGAUAUGCUUCUUUCUCUAUCGCAGGUGUUGAGAGAGAUUCAAUCUUGCUUUGAUUCUGAUUCGGAAGAGGGAGAGGAAACUGCUGCUGCUUCUCCAGAAUCCAAAGAUCAUUUAUGCUUAGAAAGACUCGUGGCCCAUCUUGUUGGUUUGUUAGGUGCGAAGAAUGUGCAUGUUCAGCAUUUGGCUGGCAACAUUCUUGUGCAAGUAUCUGAGUCUCUCGUUGAAUCUGGAAGUCAAUGGGAUGAUUUCAUUCGCUUCCUUUGUGACUCUUUGCACCUAGCACUUGUCUACAGUUUCCCACUUCCUUCUCCAACUGGAUUUGAGGGUUCAAAUAUUGGUUCCGAUGUUCUUAAAUGUGAGAUGAAAAAGGCUGACUGGUGCACGGUGUCUGGUAUCUUUCGAGUUCUUCGUAAUAUACUGAAGCGCUUGAGCCAAGAAGAAAACGAAGACGUUAUUGACGUUUACUUGGAUUCUGUCAACUCUACACUUGCAAAGAUCCCUUGGUGCCGAGUGAACACUCAUUUUUCUAAUCGUCAUGCUCACAAUGGAACUCUGGGAAGCAUUGGAAACAGUGAGGAAGGAACUGUAUUUCCUGGGAACUUUGUUCAGUUUCUCUCAACCGUGGUUCAGCAGGUUCGCUUUCCAGAAGAUUCUGAUGCUUUUGGAACUACACAUUUGAUACUCCAAAAAAUCACUGAGCUUGUUCCGGAUCUCCUCCGUUUGUGCCAGCCAAAGUUAGAAAGUCAAAGUGGCUCUUCCAUGUCAAGAUACCUAGUGCACAAGUUGCUGGUGUUGAUGAUCAGACUUACAUAUCAGUCCAAUAUAAAAUGUUCCAUCCUUCUUUCAUGGCUGCAAUAUUUGCAACACCAUUUUCAACGCUUUCUCCAACACACCCUAAAUAGGAAUAAGCCCGUCCAAGAUAAUUGUUUAGAAGGAUCUCCAUUUUUUGUUAGUUUGUCUGAUAGGGAUGUCAAUGAGACUCAUUCUAAUCAUUUGCAAAGACUAUCUGUGUUUCUGUUCCUACGGUGCUCACUCACUUUACUUUAUACAAGUAGACAUGCCGACAAAGACUGUGAGUUUGACUGUAGAAAGAAAGGGAUGGAAGGGGUGUUUAAAUGGAUUGAACAACAGGUUCCAGGUGAUACAUUUUCAAAUCACGGAACUUAUAGCAAGAAGAGUGUUGACUUCUCUACAUGCUUCAUCCAGCUGUUCAUGCAUGAGGAUGACCUGUUAUUCAAAGUUCUCCUGCAAUUGCUGUCCGUGCCGUUGGCUGGAGAGGAACUGCUUAAGGGGGAAGAGCGUUUGCUUCAAGAUAAGGAGAUUUGCGUCCGUUUAUCAACAUUGUUCAAUCCUGUGAUCCUCUUCUGGAUAUUUCUUUCAGAGCUGCAUUACGAUCAUCAAGUCCUUCUUGAUUACCUUAUAUCUAAAGACAUCGGGGCUAGCUGUGCAGAGUACCUGCUGAGAUGCUUGCGCACAGUAUGCGACUCUUGGACCUUGUUUGUGGAAUUCCCAUUUGAAGAAAAUAUAAAUGAUUCAACUUCGAAGAGAAGGAGAUUGCUGGUUGAGACUCCUGAGGUUGAACAAAACCAGAUACUACAUCCCCAGGCUUUCGAAAAUGCCAAAGAGUGUCUGCUUUCUUUACAAAACUCAAUUGUGAGGCUACAUCAGAAGAAACUAUUUCCAUACAACCCAGAAGCUCUUCUACGACGUUUGUCAAGGUUUCAAGAGCUCUGUCUACUCCACGAGUAAUAUUAUCUCGACCCAAAGGACUCAUGCAAUUGCGAUUUUGCUGAUAGAGAAGUAUUUAACUUCUCAAUUUGGUGUUUCUCAGUCUCAGCUUAGAUUCUAUUAGACAGAAGGAUCAGACUCAAAGAAGGGUUCUUUCCAGAUCAAGUUUCAAACUAACUGGCUCACAUGUAGAAUUGUAUAAAGACGAUCCUACAUUUCUUGGUUGUCGGUGGGAUAUAAAUCACAGAACAUUAUUUUCUUACUUCCACAAUCUAAACUGAAAGGUAUAAUAGGAUACGUUGGUCAAGCUUAGUUUGAAACUGCCCCAGGCAAUUACAGUAUGCAAAAUGUAAUGUAGAAUAUUAACAAUCACAAAUGUUUGACACUCUCUUACUCAUAUCAUCAUAAAUGUAAAGUGAAGCGUGAGUAAACAUACACUCACUCCCGAGCUA